GCAUGAUCCUGUCCAGGGCAUUAAUGCGGUAACCUUCGCCACCAGCGACAUGCAAGCCAGCUAUGAGUUCUACGCAAAGCUGGGAAUGAACUGCACCUACGGUGGCCCAAGAUCGGAUUUCACCACCUUUGGUGGUACAGGUGGCGGCCCUUCUGGCGGCGACAACCGCUACCACGUGAACCUCUUUCGGUCAUCCAGCUAUGCGCCGCCGGCGCAUGGAGCCUGGAACGGGGUCGGGCGAAGCAUCUUCUACGUGUCCGAUGUGAAUGUCUUCUACAAUCAGAUCACCGCCGCAGGCUUGAACGCGGAGUUUGCGCCGAAGGACGCCGAUUGGGGCGAGCGGUAUUUCCACAUACUGGAUCCCAUGGGGAACGAGCUGGCUUUUGCUGCGCCGCUGAAGCCGCUGGUAGUCUAG